AUGGGGGGCGAACCUGUUAUGAUAGUUGAUGACACCAAUAAAACGAAUAGUCGGGUGACCUAUGUGGGCAUUAGAAAAGAUUCCAAGGCCAAAUACCGGUUAGAUCAAUAUGGUGCCCCAGAAAACGUUAAAAUACGGCCCUCAGAUGAUCUGCGUACUCAUCCGGGCGAGCUUCCUGUGUUCACUUGCCAAGCACAUGUGUUCACAAUCAACCCCAAAACCAAGAAAUCAUGGAUCCCUUCCAGUACCAAAGCAGUAGAUGUCAAUUUCUUCUACGACUCCAACAAAAAUUGUUAUCGUAUCAUCAGUGUGGAGGAUGGUCCCGGCGGAAAGAAACUGGCUUGUGGCGAAGUAUUAGUUUGGGGUAUAAAAAUACUUAAAAAGUAA